UAAUAACUAACUCUCAUUACUUUUGAGCAAAAUUCAGAUUGGCGUUCUUCCAUUCUGUCAAAACUUCCAACCACUCGUGUAUCUCAAUUUCCUGUCCCCAUAACAUAUGAUUUUGGAAUCACCUUACCUUCAUACCCAUUUCACAAUUCCUGCAAAAACUGAGGAACAAAUCCAUAAUUUUCUUCAAUUUUUACGAACACAGGAGAACAAUUAGAAAUCAAAUGAUCACAUGCCACCCCUCAAAUUCAACUACUACAACAAAUUUUUCAAUGAUUGGCCAAAGAACUUCAACCACUUUACAAUUAUUUCACAAAAUUCGCUGGAAUUUUCGCCAUUUUCGGCCAUUAUACCCUCACAAAUUUGGCCCUAAUUUGGCAGUUUCCUCGUCGUUGGGCCCACUUUUCGCCGCAGCGGCUGCUGUGGGUUCUUCCACGCAUGCCGCUGUAACGUCAACUAUUACGCAGGUAGCUGUUACCGCCGUCGCCAUCGUUUCUGGGGCUUGUCUUUCCACUAAAGUGGAUUUCCUGUGGCCUAAAUCCCAUGACCAACCUAGUCCUCUCAUAGUGGAAGGAGUGGAUGUAACAGGCUAUCCCAUAUUUACUAAUCCAAAGGUGCAAAAAGCUAUAUCUUUUGCAAGGAAAGCACAUCAUGGACAGUUACGUAAAAGUGGAGAGCCAUACUUAUCACAUUGUCUGCAUACUGGAAGAAUCUUGGCUAUUUUAGUGCCGUCAAACGGACAAAGGGCUGUUGACACAGUGGUGGCUGGGAUUCUCCAUGAUGUCAUUGAUGAUACAAAUGAAACUUUAGCCUGUAUAAGGGAAAAUUUCGGUAAUGAUGUAGCUCAGAUGGUAGCUGCUGUUUCCCGGUUGAGUUAUAUCAAUCAGUUGUUGAGAAGACAUCGCAGAAUAAAUGGAAACCAGAGCAAUCUUACUCAUGAAGAGGCAAAUAAUGUGCGAGUGAUGCUCUUGGGUAUGGUUGAUGAUCCACGGGUGGUACUCAUAAAACUUGCAGAUCGCCUUCACAACAUGAGGACCAUUUAUGCUUUGCCACUUUCUAAAGCUGAAGCUGUUGCUGAAGAAACGUUAGUUGUUUGGUGUUCUCUUGCUUCGAGAUUGGGUCUCUGGGCUUUAAAGGCUGAACUAGAAGAUCUUUGCUUUGCUGUUUUGCAGCCUCAGCUGUUUCUUCAAAUGAGAGCUGAGUUGGCAUCCAUGUGGAGUCCUUGCAGAAGGGCAGGGAAUCUCCGAAAAGCUUCCACAAUAGACAAUUUUCUUCCAACCUCAAAUGCAGCUGCUGCAAGUAGCUUUAACGGUUCUGUGGUCGACGACGAAGAUGAUAUACAUAUGAAGGAUCUUCUUGAAGCAGUCCUACCUUUCGAACUCUUGUUAGACCGAGGAAAACGAAUGAAUUUCCUCAGUAAUUUUACAACCUAUUCCAAGAUCUCAACAAAACCAAAGGUUGUGAGGGAUGCUGGAAUUGCUCUGGCAUCUUUAGUACUUUGUGAAGAGGCGCUUGAGCGUGAACUUCUGAUAUCAACCUCUUAUGUACCAGGGAUGGAAGUUACUCUAUCGAGCCGCUUGAAAAGCUUGUAUAGCGUGUACAGCAAGAUGAAACGAAAAGAUAUUGACAUCAAUGAGGUCUACGAUGCACGGGCACUAAGGGUAGUUGUUGGAGAUAAGAAUGGAACUCUACAUGGACCUGCUGUCAGAUGUUGCUACAGUGUCCUUGACAUAGUCCAUAAGCUUUGGUCACCUAUUGAUGGAGAAUUUGAUGAUUACAUUGUUAACCCUAAGCCUAGUGGUUAUCAGUCUUUGCAUACUGCUGUACAAGGCCCUGAUAAUGCCCCUUUGGAAGUCCAAAUCAGAACUCGGAGGAUGCAUGAGUAUGCAGAACAUGGAGUUGCGGCACAUUGGCUCUAUAAAGAGACCAAUAACAACUCACUUUCUGGUAUAAGUUUAGGUGAUUCUUACGUAAAAGAAUUUUCCACUUUUUCACAAGGCUUGGAGGAACAAAGUUCUAUAGAAGACAUAUUUUGGAAAUACAGCUCCUUGAAAGCAGGACACCCAGCACUUCGAGUAGAACGAAGUAACUUGCUUGCUGCUGUUAUCAUAAGUGUCGAUAAGGGUGGCAGAGAAUUACUUGUUGCUGUCAGCUUUGGAUUAGCAGCAUCCGAAGCAGUUGCUGAGAGAAGAACGUCAUUCCAAAUAAAGAGAUGGGAAGCAUAUGCUAGAUUAUACAAAAAGGUUUUUGAUGAGGGGUGGUUUGAACCAGGGCAUGGAGAUUGGUGUACAUGUCUAGAGAGGUACACGCUUUGCCGAGAUGGACUUUAUCACAAGCUAGAUCAAUUUGAUCGUCUGCUGCCAACUUAUAUUCAGGUUAUUGACCUAACAGAUGAAGAGGAUUCUAAGUAUUGGGCUGUCAUGUCUGCUGUUUUUGAGGGUAAAAAUGUAGAUACUAUCACAUCUUUUUUGAGGAACUGUAACAAUCCCAUUUCUGGCGCUUCAGCUUCCACUGAAGCUAAUAUCAAUAAUAAGGUGCAUCUACUGAGGACAAUGCUCCAAUGGGAGGGGCAGAUAAUCUCUGAAGUCGGUGUGAAACAAGGCUCUUUGUCAAGCAAAUCCUAUGAUGAUUCCAUAAUGUUUGGGGAAGUAGCAGUUGUUUCUUGGCCCGAUGGUGAUAUAGUAAGAUUACGAGCAGGAAGUACGGCUGCAGAUGCUGCGAGAAGACGAGGGCUUGAUGGCAACUUGGUUUUGGUAAAUGGUCAACUCGUACAACCCAAUAUUGAGCUCAGAGAUGGAGAUGUGGUUGAAGUAAGACUUUAAAUUUUUAUUUUUGUACAUAAUAUUCUUGUGGCUUGCUUUCUUUCAGGAAGCUACAGAAACAGUGGGUAUUGCAUCAUUAGUUGUACAUAACUCAUGUAUAUUCUGUACAAAGGGUUAUUCUCCAUCAUUCUUUGAAUGAAAAUUCUUAAGCAUCAAAUAUGAGUUGCUUAAUUAACAGCUUCCAUCACUCCGAACAAUUCAUACACAUUGUCGGAACUCUGAACUCGUGAAUGGUCAUGAUCAUUAUGUUAUGGAAGCUCAGGCACCGAGUAUACUCGAAAUGAUGAUGAAGAAGCUCGGUGAAUGGGCUUGCUUGAUGAAUUGAAUUAGAGUUGUGAUGAUGCUAGAAGCUUGGAGAAAUGAGCUGUGAAUCAUAUAAUUGUAAAAAUGAAGUUAUUAGAGGUUAGGUUAAGAAUGAAUGAUGGGGAGAAGUUUGUUAGCUUGUUAAUAUGGUAACAACAAAAUUUCAUCACCCAAUGUGGCUAAGUUGCUCCCCAGGAUGGGGUUUGGGGGUCAGGUGUACGCAGCCUUAUUCUUAUACUCUUGCCAGUGAUAAUAAAGAGGUUUCCGAUUGAUUUUUCGUAGCAAGCUUCAUUGUACCCUUGCCUACACAAUGAUUGGCUAGGGAUAUACUACCUAUGUUUUUUUUUAUUAAUAGCUUCACUUCACCCUUUUUAUGUGAGAGAUUUUUGAGUGAAGUGUAGCUAUUAGUAAAAAAACGGGGGUAGUAUAAGAAAUUGGAAUAGCCAUCGCAUUGGAAGCUUCAUUUUACAAUCAUCAAAUGCAAUAGUAAAACCCCCCUUAUGUUUGGCUACACUGCAGCAUCUUUGGUCAAUGAAGCAAAUGGGGUAAUGGUUUUUUGGAGGCUUUGUUGAUUAAUCAACCCUGAUUAAUAAGUAAUAACUUUAUUACUAGUAAACUUGUACAUGAUAUUUUUAUACAUAUAAACUUGUACAUGAUAUUUGCUAUUCUCUCUGUUUGUUGAGUUUGUUCUCUAGGAUUCAAAAUGUUGAUAUUAGAGUUUUAAGGUAUAAACUGAGGGACAAAGGAAGUAUUAUGGGUUAAUUGAAACUAAUAACUUUAUUACUAGUAACAAAUGUAUGAGAUCGUCUCUCUACGAGACAAAUUUAUGUAAUUAGUUUAUUUCUCUAAUUGGAUCACUAAAGAUUAUAAGUAAUCAUUUUAAGAUAAUAAGUGAUCACUCUAGAACUAUAAAAAGUGACAACCUAAAACUAUAAGUGAUCACUUUAAAGUUAUAAGUGAUUAUUUUAAAACAGUAUGUGUAUAUUAAACCAGUCCAAUAAAUAUAAUUUAUGAAAAUAAUGAAUUCGUAUUAGCUUUAAAAUUUUUGCUUACAAACUAGUGUUUCAGCUGACAUAAGAACUAUUCAUAACAAUCUCAAAGUCUUAGUCACAAAGAAUUAUUUUAAUUAUUUAAUCAAUUAAAAUCUAAAAUUCAAAAAAAUCUGACAAAACUAACAAAAAAUAAUUACCAAAUACACUCAAAUACUUUUUGUACUAAAAUGACCAAAAUACAUAAUUGGGUCUUAUUUAAGUCAUAAUACAUUUUUACUAAAUAUUUUUCAAUUUGAGUGAAACUGAUAUUGAGCAUGAGCACCCCUUUAUAACCAUAAAGAUGGAGUUAAGGAGAAAUAAGAGAAGGAUCAAAUGAUGGCUGUGAGAUUGGCUGAACUUCCAUGGUCGAUAGCUUCCAUAACCAAAAGGAGAGCUUUAACAACCUUACCUUCAACCAAAUUCUUGUGUUGUUCAUCUUCUGGAAAAUCAAAUUCCAGAAAGCUCAUCCUCUAUUCGAAGCCUGGUUGCUGUUUGUGUGAUGGUCUCAAAGAGAAACUUUCUGCUGCUUUUUCUCUCUCCUCGCCUACUGAAUCUGAUCCUCUCCACGACGUCGAACUUCAGAUAAGGGAUAUUACGACAAAUCCGGAUUGGGAGAAAGCUUACCAGUACGAGAUUCCUGUUUUGGCUAUUUUACGAACUGAUGGUGUUGAGAAGGCUCAUAAAUGGCAUCAUCCAAAAGGGUGACUUGUACUGUUUACAGAAGCUAUGGCGGUUGUACUUGGCUCGAGAUGAUCACUUUCAAGUAUUGUAUCUAUCAGCAUCAUAUGAUUUAGAAAAGAAAGCAGCAAAAUUAUUAUAAUAAUUCCAGUGUGAAUAUAUGUUUAGGCUUUUGUUCGGCAAAUGUUGUUGAUGUCUCAGUUUAAGUUAGAUACUUCAUGACAUUGUUUUUUCUUUAUGCUAACCAAACUUAUUUCAGGUCGCAAUUCAAUUCCAUUAUGUCUUGCCCGCUAUAUUCACUCAUAAUUAUACUACUUUUGAAAACUUUGUUCUUUGCUUUGGUUUUUUGAUUGGUUUUGCCUCAUUCUCACAAUUUUACUACUCAACAAGUUUAAAUAAUAUCACUUUGAUUCUAAGAAAAUUAAUUUAGUUUAGUUGUAAUUAGUUCAACCUAGCAAUAAUGAAUCCACAAGAACACAUCCUAAGUCCAUUCAAUCAAGUAUGGUUUAGCCCUAGUAGGUCGGAGCGAAUAGGAUUUUGGUCAAUUUUGUUGUAUUACAAGAAAUUUACAUUUUCUACAUAUCAAACCAUAGAUUUCAAGUAUUUUUUUGAUUUCCAAGGAUUUCAGGGUUACAUAUUACCUAGUUAAGAAAAUGUGUACAUAAAGUAGGCAACUCCAAUAAUGGUGUUCUUUAGAUACCUGUUGAGCUAUCUAAUUGACAUCGGGUAUUGGUGCUAUCAAGAUAAAUUCUUUACUCUGCUUUUUGUUGGAUUUGCUUUGCUAUUUUCUUUCGUCUCAUUGAAUUGUUACAUUCUCUUUUAGGAACAUGGUAUCCACCCAUUAUCUUCUAUUCUCAUCCAUGCAUUUUUCUUUGUUUAAAUAUCCAUUAUGAAGGGUAUGAUUUGGAAGUAAGGGAUUUAAACUAAUUGAUUCCCUUAUAACCAAGUCUCUUCAAAGUGGAAAGAUUUGGAAGGACCUCAUUCUCUUUGUCUCCCUUUAUUUUGCUCUAAACAACCCAUGGAAGCUUCCCUUAUUAUUCAUUCCUCUUCCUUCGCCUUCCCUUACCUUGAAUUCAUAAUGAUUUGUUUUGUGCAAAUUAAGGAAAUGACACCCUCUCGUUUUCCCUCCCCUUCAUUACCCUUCAUUUCCGCAUAAAGAAAGUCGAACGGCAUGAGAAGGAAUUGUGUAGUUGCUACUAUCUAAAUGUCAUUUAAUACUAUUGGUGUAAAUCUUAUAAAGAUGACAUAUCUAGUACUUCAUGAUUCUUGAUCUCAUUGAUUUU